AUGUAUAAUUUUUCUGGGUCAUCUAAGAAGAGAGUAGUUAAUCUUGGUAAUAAAAAACUGGGUAAUAACAACAAAACCAAUUUUCUAGAACAAUCAAGAUUACAACGACAAGAAAGAGAAUACAAAAAAAAUAGGGAAAAAUCAGCUAUAAUUAUACAGAAUCAUAUUAGGAAAUAUCUUGAUUUGAAAAGAAAUAGUUUUGCAAUUAUAAAUGAUUGGUUAAAUUCCCACAUUAACAAUGAACAAGAUUUCAAUAGUUGGAUUAAUCAAUUUAUUAAUUUGAGUAAAUGGUAUUUAUUAAAACAAGAUGGUGGAUUGAUUUAUCAAGUGCUUGAAUCAUUGCUAGAUCACAUACUGGAUACUAUGUUUGAUAUCUAUAAUACUGAUGGAAUGAUACAUGCAUUAAAUAAAUUGUUAUCUUGUCUAAAAGACAUCAAUGCUUUAUAUUUAACUGUUCAAGCUUUGUAUAUUGUGGCAUCAAAAACUGAGAAUUUAGGGGAAGUAAAUGGGGUGAUUGACAAUUUGCUGAGACUCUUCAAUGAGUAUCAAUUAUCAAGAGAACAACAAAGCAAGAUUUUUGAUUUGAUUUUCAUGAUUAAUAUACAUGAUUCCCAUUAUGACUUUAAGAAAGCCUUAACACUAAAUUACUUUGAAGGUGAAAACAAGAAGUACUUGCAGGUGUUGAGAAAUGCAAUUGGCCUGACAACACAUGCUCUAAAAUUUAACGACGAUGCAUUGGUAAGAAUGCUUUCGUCUUAUUUAAUCGUUCAUGGUGAUCAAAAGCUUACACAAUUUGACUAUGCAUUCAUUGGUUCUAUAUUAGAAAAUAUUGAUUGUGAAGUCAGAUUAGAGGAUGAUGAUGCCGAUGAUGAUGAUUUCUUCGAGAAAAGAAAGUUUAUAAAUGUUGAUAAGGUAGAUCCGACUUACCCAAGAAGAAUCGAUAUACUAUAUAUUGAUGAAAAAAUUUCUAAUUCAUUGGAGAAAUUAUACACCCGUUCUUUCAUCCAAGGAGUCAUUAAUCUAUUAAGAAAUGAAACAUCAGAAUUAAGAGGCCUAGCGUUGAAGAUAUUACCUGCAUUGGUUAACUUAUACCCUGCUCUCAAGGGGAAACUAUGCAUGUUAUUAUCUAUUGUGCCCAACUUUUAUAAAUGGGUUUUCGAAACUAUUAGAGAGCAUGAGUUGUUUCACCUAUUUAUUAAUUGCAACAAGGAUUAUGUAAGGACACAGGAAUUAGAAAACAUCGAUGAAGCAUCGAUGUAUUCUUUUUGGAAAAUAGUUUUUUUGUUUGAAGAGCUGUAUUCCUAUUGGCUUAUUGUUUCCAAUGAUUUGGAAAGUUUUAGUCAUGAAAAACUUCCAAUAGAUGAUGUCAAACUAUUUAUUGGUUUUUUGAAAGUUGCUUGCUUGACCUUGAUUUUCACCUAUAAUAGAACAUUGUUUCCCCAUUACAGUAAUUUGAAAUCAAUAUCCACCACUUUAUUAAACCAGUUAUAUUUAAGGAAUUUGAGAUUGAAAUUUUUACCAAGAGAUUAUUGGAAACUCAAAGAUUUAGUGUUCAAUGUGGAUUUGAUGUUGUCAAUAAUUACUGAAGAAGAAGAAUCAAGAAUAAACGCUGAGGCAGACAAUGAAGAGGAAAUAGUUGCUGUUAAGCGAUCUAAACCAGUACCAAUAGAAAUAUUAUCGAAAUUAGAAGUGUUGAAGACUUUACCGUUUUUCAUUGAAUUCAACCAUAGAGUGGAAAUAUUUCAGUCAUUGAUUGAUUUGGAUAAAAAGAGAAAUUUUUCAUUUAAUCCAUUUACGUUUAGUGAAUCGAAACUAGUAGCCGAAAUAAACCGAGAUAGUAUAUUGGAAGAUGCAUUUAAUGCCUAUCAUAAAGAAGGAGCGAAUUUUAAAAAUAGAUUACAAGUUGAAUUUUUCAACGAAUAUGGUAGAGAAGCAGGGAUCGAUGGAGGUGGAAUCACCAAAGAAUUUUUAACUUGUAUUGUCAAGGAGGGGUUCAAUCCAGACAAUGCUUACGAAUUAUUCAAGGAAACUGGUGAUAAUCAACUUUAUCCAAAUGAUAAAAUUUUUGAAAUCUUGUACAUUGGCAUGGAUAAAGAAUUUCAACAAAUUAAACUUGAUUACAUUCGAUUCUUGGGUAUGAUUAUUGGUAAAUGUCUUUAUGAAAAUGUAUUGAUUGAUGUUUGGUUUGCCCCAUUCUUUUUGAACAAAUGGUGUAAUGAUGCCAUGAAAAAUUCUAUCAAUGAUUUGAGUUAUUUGGAUAAUGAACUUUUCAAAAAUUUAAUGAAACUUACAAAAAUGACCAAUGAUGAAUUAAAAAUGUUAGAAUUGACUUUUUCAAUCAAUUUAAAAAUUGAUAAUAAAUCUUAUACUGUUGAAUUAUUACCUAAUGGAGCUGUCAUUGAAGUUGAUCUGUCCAACAUUUUAAGCUAUAUUCAUCAAUUUGCUAAUUACAAAUUGAAUCAAUCAUUGAAAAUACAAACCAAAUACUUUUUGGAGGGAUUGUAUUCUAUAAUUUCAAAGAGUUGGUUGAGUAUGUUUGAUUGUUUUGAGUUACAAAUGUUGAUUUCAGGUGGUAAAGAUGAUAUAAACAUUGAUGAUUGGAAAAAUAAUGUUGAGUAUGGUGGUUAUUCGGAUAGCGAUCCUGCUGUUAUUAUGUUUUGGGAGAUUGUUGAAGAAAUGUCCCCACACGAAAGGUGUAAAUUGAUUAAAUUUGUUACUUCUGUUAGUCGAGCCCCAUUAUUAGGAUUUGGAUCAUUGGUACCUAAGUUUGGUAUUAGAAAUUCUGGUACUGACUCUGUUAGAUUACCAACAGCAUCUACAUGUGUCAAUUUGUUGAAAUUACCCAAUUAUCAAGAUAAAAAGACAAUGAAAGAAAAAUUAUUAUAUGCAAUUAACACUGAGGCUAGAUUUGAUUUAUCUUAA